UCCCCAAUUUUCAUAGCAAUGACCAUGAAUAAAAUUGAAUCAUCUUGAAGAGUUUAAAGACUUUCCAUGCCAUUAUAUCUUUUCAAGUUCUAAAAAGCUUCCAUUUUUUCUUCUUAAUUUCUUAAAGGAUUAGAGCAAGUAGCGACUGGACAAUAGAAACUUCAUACUAAGCCUUUUUUUUUUUUUUUCAUCAGGUUUCUUAUAUUAGGAGUUUCUCUCAGAGAUUUUAAUCCUCCCAGCAGAGCAUCUAAGCAAGGGAAAAUGGUCAUCCAUUCUGCAUUAAAUCUUAACUUUUCCGCAAUUUCAUCACUCUCUGCUCUCAAAGCAGGGCAACAAUUUUGUUCUUGCUCUUUUGCUAACUUCCUAUUGCCGCCUCCUUUGAAACGUCUGACUUGCUUUGCCACUUCAAGAAAGUCUGAAGAGGAACAUGUGCCUGAUCCUAAGCAGAACUCUGGUUCAAGGCCUAGGAAAGCUACUGGGUCCCAGGAAAGUAAAGUUACUGUUAAUGAAGACAAAGGUUCCGCCAAGAUCUUCCCCACAACAAUACCCAAAAAGCCAAGGCGUGGUCGCAGGAGUGAAGCAGCUGCAGUUGAGGAUUUUGUUCGUGAUUCGUUAGAAAAGACAUUUGCUUCUAUCCGGGAGAAGAACUCUGAAAUAAUGAAAGAUACUGAGAAUAUCCUCAAAGAUAGGGUUGAUGAUGACACUGAUUCUGAUCAAAGUAGUGAUGAUGAAGAUGAUAGCAGCAAGGAUAUGAAAGAAAAUAAAAUGAUUGUUGAGGAAGAGGAUCCAGAUUGGCCUCUAGAUGCAGAUGUUGGAUGGGGAAUUAGAGCAUCAGAGUAUUUUGACAAGCAUCCAAUAAAAAAUGUAGUAGGAGAAAACGGAGUUGAGAUCGAUUGGGAGGGGGAGAUUGAUGAUUGUUGGGUGAAAGAAAUCAAUUGUCUUGAGUGGGAGAGCUUCGCUUUUCAUCCCAGUCCCCUCAUUGUUCUUGUUUUCGAGAGAUAUAAUCGGGCUAGUGACAACUGGAAAGCACUUAAGGAGCUAGAGAAAGCGGCCCAGGUGUACUGGAGUGCCAAAGAACGCUUGCCUCCUCGGACUGUGAAGAUUGACAUAAACAUUGAGAGGGAUCUAGCCUAUGCUCUUAAAGUUAAAGAGUCUCCACAAAUAUUGUUCUUACGAGGAAAUAGGAUACUCUACAGGGAAAAAGACAUUCGAACGGCUGAUGACUUGGUUCAAAUGAUAGCAUAUUUUUACUACAAUGCAAAAAAACCUUCAUGCAUUAACGAUGCAGCUUUAUCUCAGCGGUCGUAGUCAACUGAGGUACUGGGACUUUCAUUAGAAACUCAUAGAUCAAUGUUAUCAAAAGGUUUAAACUUCUAUGUGCAGCUCAGAUUAAGUUGGCAGAAAUAGUCAAAGGGGAAAUGGAUCAUGGAUCCCUGUGUAAUUGGGGCCAAUUGGUCGUUUUGUUCACUGGAAACUGAGUAUACAAUUCAGAGAGAACCUUGGAAGAAUGUCUGGUUGAAACGUCGUGAUGGUACUUUCUGAUUUAUGCCUCCAGCUGCUGAUGUAACUUGCAAGUGGAAGGUUAAAGAAAAAGGUUAUAUUCUAAAAAGAGCUUAAAGUAGCUUAUGCUUCUUACUAUAUAGAAGAGCAUAGUUGGAAAGAGAACUCCCAGUUGCCAUGAUCUUACUCUUAUUUUUAUUUGCUUGUUUACAUGGCAUACUAGCCUAAUGUCUAAAAAAUACUUUAUAAUUAAUUAGAAAAGUUCAUGCA